UCAUAGCUCAGUGCAGAGGGAGCCAAAUUCAACAAUGAGCUAAAGAUUGAACAAUUGGACUGCUGUAUAUGAACAUCCUGUAUUUACAAGAUGUGAACUCCUUUUAUUUGUGCUACAUCUAUGCACCAAGACACCUUUAGGCCAAACCUUUACUUUUACUUUACAUUGUAUAGAUCACUAGCGAGGUUGCAUUUGCAAAGUGAGAGUGAGACAAUGCAGCUAAUCCUCUUAGACGACUUCAGGUGUUAGGUAUUAUGCUGAUCCAUUGUGAAGACUCGUUCUGUGCCCUACAUAAGCCUUUGGUCGUUGGGCAAUAGUUUUUGUUUGUGCAAGUACAUUUAACUUGGCAGCUGCAUUGGGGUUUUUAUGCCAGUGAUUUUGCAUGUUAAUUCUAAGACUGGAUUUUCCAAAAACUCAAUGAUGUGACAUGAAUCACUUCACUGAAGUUCUGUAUUCUUCUACCCCAUGGUCUGCUGGGGACAGAGCUGGACUCUAUCAAAGCUUAUUUAUGCUAUUUAAUUCAACCUAGCCAUCAGGAAGGCUGCUUUGGAGGAUGAUGCGUUGUACAAGAAGGAAGCGGCUCCAGCUGAGCAGGUUUCUGUUUCUCCUCGCCGGGAUUUUCCUCUGUACCCUCUACCAGCUCACCAUUAGUGCCAGACUGCAGGAGCCACUGCCAGUGGCUCAAAUUAGAGAGGAUUUUGGAGAAGGGUCAGCAGAGGGCAUUGAGGAGGCUGCAACAGAACACGGAGGGGUGGAGGAACCUCUCACUACUGCACCUGAAUUAGAGCCCACAGAUCAAACCAUACCAAAGCAUGCGAUUCCAAAUGCUGAUAAGGAUAUACUUAAAGAUACAGAUACAACUGAUGAUUUCAAAGCAUCCACUACCACUGAAACCACACUGUUGCCAACCACAAACCGGACUAUUGUGCAUUGCAUCUAUGUGGCCCCUGAUCCUCCUCUGGUGAUACCCACCCCCAUUCCAGCUCCACCUGUUACAACUGUCUCCCCAGCUACACCUGGUCAGGCUCCUCAUGUUAAAGGCGAGUACCCUGAAGAUAUCUUCUCAAUUGAAGAUCGCAGACGAGGAUGGGUGGUCCUUCACAUUUUGGGGAUGAUGUAUAUGUUUGUCUCUCUUGCGAUUGUCUGUGACGAGUUCUUUGUGCCUGCACUGGGGGUGAUCACACACAAGCUGGCCAUCUCUAAUGAUGUAGCAGGAGCCACCUUCAUGGCAGCCGGAGGCUCUGCACCUGAGCUCUUUACCUCUUUGAUAGGAGUCUUCAUCGCACACAGCAACAUCGGCAUUGGCACAAUCGUCGGCUCAGCAGUUUUUAACAUUUUGUUCGUGAUUGGGAUGUGUGCUUUGUUUUCUCGAGAGAUUCUCCAUCUAACCUGGUGGCCGCUUUUCAGAGAUGUUUCGUUCUACAUACUCGACCUCAUCUUACUGAUCAUCUUUUUCUUGGACAAUGUCAUAAUGUGGUGGGAGAGCAUGAUGCUGGUGGCCUGUUACAGUCUCUAUGUUAUCUUUAUGAAAUUCAACGUACAACUGGAGCAGAAAUUCAAGGCCCAGCUCCACAAACACAAGAGCAUUGUAAAGGUUAUCGCUGUGGAAGAACCUGAAAAGACAAAUGGGGAGGAUGAAGAUAAUGCGCCUCCUGCUCCCGAGGACAAGAAUCGGUUAAAGUUGAAGCCAUCCCUUCAGCGAGGGGGGAGUUCUGCUUCUUUACACAACAGCAACAUGAGAAACACCAUCUUUCAGCUCAUGAUUCAAACAUUAGAUCCUCUGGGAGAUGGAAAAUUUAAGGAAAAGGCUGAGACCCUGAACAGUGUGUCUAGAUGGAAGUCGGACGCCAGGUCCCAAGACAAAAGUGAAGAGAAAGUUGGAAAAAGUGAAGAGACCAAAGAGCCAGAGGCUACCCCAGCAAAAGAUGCAGAAAAGAAGGAUGAUGUGCCAGCAGAACAAGGUGGAUCCGAAGGCUCAGACAAUUCUGGCAGUGACGAAGACGACAGCGACAAAGAGAGUGACGAGUCCAGUGAAGAUGAAGAUGAAGAUGAGGAUGAAGAGGAGGAGGAAGAGGAAAAGGGGGAAAAAGAAGAUGACCCUUUGUCUUUACAGUGGCCUGACACACCACGCAAACAAGUCACCUACCUCUUCCUGUUGCCCAUAGUCUUCCCUCUGUGGCUCACAGUUCCUGAUGUUCGUAACCAGAAAUCUAGAAAAUUCUUUGUGCUCACCUUCCUGGGCUCAAUUAUGUGGAUUGCUAUCUUCUCCUACCUCAUGGUGUGGUGGGCCCAUCAGGUGGGCGAGACCAUCGGCAUCUCGGAGGAGAUCAUGGGUCUGACUAUCCUGGCUGCAGGGACCUCCAUCCCUGACCUCAUCACCAGUGUGAUCGUGGCCCGUAAAGGCCUGGGAGACAUGGCGGUGUCCAGCUCUGUGGGCAGUAACAUCUUUGACAUCACUGUGGGUCUACCAAUCCCCUGGCUCCUGUACUCUUUCAUCCACGGUUUGGCUCCAGUGGCCGUCAGCAGCAAUGGGCUUUUCUGUGCCAUCGUGCUGCUCUUCCUCAUGCUCCUGUUUGUCAUCAUCUCCAUCGCAGCCUGUAAAUGGAAGAUGAAUAAGAUGCUCGGUUCCACAAUGUUUCUCCUCUACUUCAUCUUCCUGGUGCUCAGCGUCAUGCUGGAGGAUCGUAUCAUUGUCUGCCCUAUUUCCAUCUGAGACUGGAAACACAAGCUUUAUCCACAGCAGACCUUUUCCCGUGGAGGGGGGAACUAAAUAUCGCUUUAAAAAAGAAGUCAUUCUUAUGGAAACCGUUUUUGGACUCUUUGAAACAGUAAUUGCAAGUACAUUUUUUAUAUUCUUAACAACAAUGAUAACACAGCACCAUUUUUAGUUGUAAAAAAUAUCUAUGCAACCAUGUUCAAGAAUCUGAAAUCGGUUUAUUGAAGUUUCUAUCAAUUUUUCCAUGUCCAUUUUGACUUGGACUUGGAAUAUGCGCAAAAGUACACAACCUGAGAUUUCAUCUCAAGGUUCUUUGAAAGGCUUGUUUGCAUCAGGCAGGCUGUUCCUUUUGUGAAAUAUUUUAGGGGGAAUCCAGUCUUUAAAUUAUUUUACUAAAAUAGUUUUUGAGAACUUUUAAUUCCAUUAGAUUUUUGUCAUCCUUACUCUUGUUUUUCUAAAAUGCAUAGAGAGCUCUUUAGAUCUUGACAGUGUGAAGGCACAGACUUUAGUAGGACGGAGGACUCCAGGUUUUAUAAAUGGCGCACAGCUUGGAGCCUUUGUUUUAAAGUGUAUGGAUUAUGUGGUGUGAUAAACACAUGGUUCUAUUUACAUUACAAGUUAUUAAUCUGCUUUUUAAUAAAGUUGGUAAAGUUUUGUUGGAGUAUCCCCCUUAUUUGCGAUUCAAAUCUGGGGAAAGUCCCUGUUUUGUCACACACAGGCUCAUGUGUAAUGGCAGAGGACAAUGAAAUAGUAGUUAAAAUUAUUUAUUUCACAAAAAAAACUAUAUCAAAAUAAACCAAUAUCUGUAUGUUUUGUCAAGUCAGUAUGAUUAGUUGUGUCAGUGUGUACAAGUUAAAUUGAUAAUGCAAAUAUUGUGUAUUAAAGUAAAAAAUAUAAAGCAAAGAAACUUUAUUUAUGAAGCACUUUUCACAUAUUUAUAUAUCACAAAGUGCUUUGUAAUAAAAUAUAAAACACAUGAAACACAGAAGGUCACAUAAAACAUCAGUUAAUUAAAAACAACCAAGCCAGCAAUAGCUGGAGGGGAAAGGGCAUCCUGCACACCACCCAGAUGUUUAUAUUUAUGCAUGGAUGGAGGUCCAGUCCAGGUUGGCUGCUGCACUCUAACCAAUAGGAUCCAUUCCUUCAACAGUUUGGAUGCAGUCAUCUACACACACCCAGCAGGGCCUUGUAUAGGGUACUGUACUGUGUAGGGUAUAUACUGUACGAAAUGGUUGGUUGUUCAAAUAUAGCUAUGAGGUGUGCUUUUGUUUCUUCACAACUGUCUGUGUUGUCCAUUUAUAAAGCUGCUGUAGUUUCACUGUAUUGUUGUUAGAAACACGAUAGAAAUAUAUUUUAUAAAACCUGUUG